AUGGAGAAAGUUUCUGAAACCAAAGAUAUUGUUGAAUACAUUAGGUCAAUAUAAGAAGGCUAAUGGAAAGCAAAUCUCUUAAAUGUGGCUCUUGAAUUAAACGUAUUUAAUGUACUCCUUGAAAAUUAGAAACUAUCAAGCACAGAACUGGCUAAUAAAUGUGGAGUUAAGUUCCAUAGGCCAAGUGAUUUCUUUAACGCCUUGGUUGCUGCAAGAUUUUUAGACAGAGACUAGAAUGACCUUUACUCCUUGAGUGAAAUUUCCUAAAAAGUGCUUAAUCCAAAUAAUUACGAGCACUAUAUGGUGCCAUAUUUUAUUUGGACUACUUCAAGAGCAUUUACUCUUGGGAUUGACAGAUUUAAAUAGCUGCUUCAAUCGGAGGAGAUUGAAGAGAAAGUCUAAUUGGGAUCAGAGUAUUACACUGAUGUCCCGCCCCCAGAUUUCUUCUCAGAUGCAAUGCAUGGUGUAUCUAUGCUAGCCUCUGUUUCUAUUCCCUAACUUGAGUUUUGGAAAGAUUUUAAGACUUUUGCUGACAUUGGUGGAUCUAAAGGCACUGUCUCAGUAUAAAUUUGCAAGGCUCAUGAGCAUAUCUUUGGAACAGUAUGCGAAUUGCCGUCUGUAUAGGAAAAGUGCGAGUAGUAUAUAAAAGCUUAGAAUUUAAACGAUAGAUUAUAAUUUCAAGAGCUUGAUUUUUUUAGGCAAGAAUUUCCUGAGGUUGACGUACUUAUUUUCGGUCAUAUCCUUCAUAAUUGGCCUAUUGAAACAAGCUAAAUGAUUCUGUAGAAAGCCCGGAAAGCCUUAAAUAAAAAUGGCGCAAUUAUAGUUUAUCAAGCCUUUUUAGAUAAUGAGAAGAAAAAUAAUUUCAAAAGUGCAAUGAUGGAGCUCAAUAUGGCCUUGAUGGGAAAAGGACAAGAAUUUACUGAACAAGAAAUUUUAGAUUUAAUCACAAAAAAUGGAUUUUCGGAUGCCAGAAUUCAUAACGAUAAAUCUUUUAAAGCUGCUAUUGCUUUCAAAAGAGAAACUGAUUGA